AAGCCCCGCCCCCCCAGGCCGAGGGGGCGGGGCUGGCUGGCGGAGCGACCGUUGGGCCGGGGGCCGAGCCGGUGUCCGCGGCGUCUCGGCGACCCCGCCCCGCCGCCGCAGGAGGAUGAGCCAGCGCCUCCCCGGGGAGCAGCAGGCGGCGCCACCCGGACAGGUUAUAAAACAGCUAAAUGGAGUCUGAGCAGCUGUUUCAUAGAGGCUACUAUCGAAACAGUUACAACAGUAUAACUAGUGCAAGCAGCGAUGAGGAGCUUUUAGAUGGAGCAGGUGUAAUUAUGGACUUUCAGACCUCUGAAGAUGACAAUCUCUUGGAUGGUGAUGCAUCAAUUGAAGAAAUGGAGAGGAGGGGAUUACCACUCAGUACUUUGGAGGGACUACCUAAGCAAAGCAGGAGGUUGGAUCAGUGUUGGGGGCUACAGCCAUUCAGUAUAACUUCAUGUGCAGAGCGAAAUGAAGGAGAGCAAUAUGGAACUCAUUAUACAAUGACAAAUGGAGGAAGUAUCAACAGUUCGACACAUUUACUGGAUCUUCUGGAUGAACCAAUUCCUGGAGUAGGAACGUAUGAUGACUUCCACACCAUUGACUGGGUUCGAGAGAAGUGCAAAGACAGAGAAAGACAUAGACGGAUUAACAGCAAAAAGAAAGAAUCAGCAUGGGAGAUGACAAAAAGUUUGUACGAUGCAUGGUCAGGAUGGCUAGUAGUCACACUAACUGGUUUGGCAUCAGGGGCAUUGGCAGGAUUAAUUGACAUUGCUGCUGACUGGAUGACUGACCUAAAGGAAGGCAUUUGCCUUAGUGCUCUGUGGUUUAACCACGAACAGUGUUGUUGGGGAUCAAAUGAGACCACGUUUGAAGAGAGAGAUAAAUGUCCGCAGUGGAAAACAUGGGCAGAACUAAUAAUUGGGCAAGCAGAAGGUCCAGGUUCAUACAUAAUGAACUACAUAAUGUACAUUUUCUGGGCUUUGAGCUUUGCCUUCUUAGCAGUUUCUCUGGUGAAGGUAUUUGCUCCCUAUGCCUGUGGCUCAGGGAUACCUGAGAUAAAAACUAUUUUGAGUGGCUUCAUCAUCAGAGGUUACUUAGGGAAGUGGACUUUGAUGAUAAAAACAAUUACUUUAGUCUUGGCUGUCGCAUCAGGUUUGAGUUUAGGAAAAGAGGGUCCCUUGGUACAUGUUGCCUGCUGCUGUGGGAAUAUUUUUUCCUACCUCUUUCCAAAGUACAGCACAAAUGAAGCUAAAAAAAGAGAGGUGUUGUCAGCUGCCUCAGCAGCAGGAGUAUCUGUAGCCUUUGGUGCCCCAAUUGGUGGAGUCCUUUUCAGCCUGGAGGAGGUCAGUUACUAUUUCCCACUGAAAACUUUAUGGAGAUCGUUUUUUGCUGCUUUAGUAGCUGCAUUUGUUUUAAGAUCCAUCAAUCCUUUUGGUAAUAGCCGCCUAGUUCUUUUUUAUGUGGAGUAUCACACUCCUUGGUACCUUUUUGAACUGCUUCCUUUUAUUCUUCUGGGAGUAUUUGGUGGGCUCUGGGGAGCAUUUUUCAUCCGAGCAAACAUUGCAUGGUGUCGUCGACGCAAAUCUACAAAAUUUGGGAAGUAUCCUGUCCUGGAGGUUAUUAUUGUUGCAGCAAUAACAGCUGUCAUUGCAUUUCCUAAUCCAUAUACAAGGCUAAACACCAGUGAGCUUAUUAAGGAGCUCUUCACAGACUGUGGGCCAUUAGAAUCUUCUUCCCUCUGUGACUACAGAAAUGAUAUGAAUGCGAGCAAAAUAGUAGAUGAUAUUCCUGACCGUCCAGCAGGCACUGGAGUCUAUUCAGCUAUAUGGCAGUUGUGUUUAGCACUCAUAUUUAAAAUAAUCAUGACCGUCUUCACCUUUGGUAUCAAGGUUCCAUCUGGGUUGUUCAUACCUAGUAUGGCAAUUGGAGCAAUAGCAGGAAGGAUUGUAGGAAUUGCAGUGGAGCAGCUGGCUUAUUACCAUCAUGACUGGUUCAUUUUCAAGGAGUGGUGUGAAGUUGGAGCUGACUGUAUUACACCUGGUCUUUAUGCCAUGGUUGGUGCUGCUGCGUGCUUAGGUGGUGUCACAAGGAUGACUGUGUCCCUGGUAGUUAUUGUCUUUGAGCUAACAGGAGGGCUGGAAUAUAUUGUGCCCCUAAUGGCUGCAGUCAUGACCAGUAAGUGGGUAGGAGAUGCCUUUGGUAGGGAAGGCAUCUAUGAGGCACACAUCCGACUGAAUGGAUAUCCUUUCUUGGAUGCAAAGGAAGAAUUUACUCACACCACACUGGCUGCUGACGUUAUGAGACCUCGAAGAAGCGAUCCACCUUUAGCAGUUCUCACGCAGGAUAAUAUGACAGUCGAAGACAUAGAAAACUUGAUCAACGAAACCAGCUAUAAUGGUUUUCCUGUUAUUAUGUCAAAAGAAUCACAGAGACUAGUGGGUUUUGCUCUAAGAAGAGAUUUAACUAUUGCAAUAGAAAGUGCCAGAAAGAAGCAAGAAGGGAUUGUUGGCAGUUCCAGGGUCUGUUUUGCCCAGCAUACCCCAUCACUUCCAGCAGAAAGCCCUCGACCUUUGAAGCUUAGAAGCAUACUUGAUAUGAGCCCUUUCACCGUGACAGACCACACACCAAUGGAAAUAGUGGUGGAUAUUUUCCGGAAGCUGGGUCUGAGGCAGUGCCUUGUAACACACAACGGGAUUGUCUUGGGGAUCAUCACAAAGAAGAACAUAUUAGAGCAUCUCGAGCAACUAAAGCAGCACGUCGAACCCUUGGCGCCUCCUUGGCAUUAUAACAAAAAAAGAUAUCCUCCGUCAUAUGGCCCAGACGGCAAACCAAGACCCCGCCUCAAUAAUGUUCAACUGAAACCCAUAGCUGAGGAGAGAGAGGAAACGGAAGAGGAGGUUCAUUUGUUGAAUAGCACAACACUUUAGUCUGGGGGAUACUUCUAAAAUCAGAGACGAGAGCUGGGUUUUUGCGUAACAGUGCUGCUGGAAAUCAGGAGUUGGUCUGGGGGAGUAUGUGGCGAGGAGGAAGGCUGAUGGGAGCGUGGGAAGGGAGAGCUGCUGCCCUGCACUGGAUGCGUCCCGAGACGUCAGGUCUGCCAUGAUAGUGCAGUGGGCGAGCCGUGCGAGGUGGUGCAAUUCUCCAGCCCCAGCCUGGUACUUCAGCAUUGAAGAGAUGUGUUAUUAGUCCCUGUUUCUGGAGGGAUCAUUCUGAAUUGAGCCAUCUUACGGAGACUGAAAGGUCUUGCCCUUUUUACCAUUGAAAACUGUUGUGUUAACUCAUGAAACGUAUUGAUUAUUACACGUCACCUUUCUACAUUCCAGAGGAGCUUUAUUUCUCUCUCUCCUGAGCCGUAACAAAGCCUCUUUAAAAUUGGUGUGCCCUUUCGAAGCAGUUGUUUCUCAUAUUGAGAUGUACUGUGAGUUACUGAGGUUCGAUCACAAGAAGGGAGGUUUUUCUUGUGCCAUUAAACGUGUCAGUUUGUACAUCAUGAAAUGCUCGGGGCAGUACAGAUCCACUGCGACAAAAACAGAUUGAACAGGUAAUACCUUGCAAGAACCAUGCGAGACUUCUUUCAACCCAUGUGCUGUCGUGAUAUGAGAAAAACUAAAACCAGAUGAAACUAGCGUAUCAAAGAAAGAUACUGGUUUUGCUGCAGAAAAUAUCAAUAAUGUGACCUGGUCUUAUGCAAUUUUUGUAUUAUUGAAAACACUAUGAUAUAUACCAAUGUUGUGCAGUAUAAGGAAAAAUACUGCUAUUCUACUAGUUAAGAGCUGGAACAAUUCUGUAUACGUGUAUCUGGUAAAAAUUGCAUGCUACAACACUGGAGAUCUUUUUUCCCCCCCUGUAAAAUUUGAGAACGGUCAUUUUUGUUUCUUCUCCACAAAAGAUGUUCCACUGCUGACAUGGUAGGAAGAAAUGUAACUCAUAACUUGCACUAAAUGUAUAUUAUUUUUCUUGAAGUUUUACCAUUCUUUAUUUAUAUUUGUAUGGAUUUAAAAAAUCUAUUAAAUAUGAAUCAGUUAAUAUCUCACAUAACUAAUUACCUUUUUAAUGUGAUUUUAUAGAAUAAUUUGUAAUCCUCUGCAAGUAAUGGAGGAUUAGCAAAUGUUUACAACUAGAUGAAGGGUUUAAACGAAAUCGUUUCUUUAUGAUCCAACACGCAUAUAAGAUCAUUUUCAACUGUAACUUUCACUGCCGUUACCUUGAGAUUUCCUUUUUCCUUUACUAGCAGAUAACUGGAACAGUAGUAUUAAAAUUUUAUUUUAAAAAACUGCAGGGUUGUAAAAAUAAUAGGAAGAAAGCAACUAUGAUUAUUAGAUUGCUUUUGACUUUUUUUUUUUUUUUUCCAAGUAUAUAGAGGUGUAAAUGGUAUGUAGCCACAGAAGGUGAGCAGCAGGGCAGAAUCGAAUCCAGUACUUGAAACUUUGGCAGGACUUUAAAAUUCAGCAGCAACACACAUGCUAGCAGGUGAACUGACAGAUGCCUAACUUAUUUACUUUUUUCUCACAAGUCACAAGAUUAAUUUGUUUCAUAUUCAUUUUACCAAACCACCACAAACACAUGCAGAGGAAAAAAGGCAAUAUGUUUUAAGCCUAAAGUAGGGAGGAAAAAAUUUAAGAAAUGUGGCUGACAAAAAUCAUGCUUUAUAAUAUGGGGUUAGAUAAAAUUUCCUUCUUUAACAGUUUUGCCCACAAGACUGCAAAAAUAUAAAUGGUAAAAGUCUAAAAUAAUAAUCCUAGCUGUCUCUAAGGCAUUCAUCACAGUUACCUCAAAUGUCUUUAUUUGCAAAGCACUCAGUAUGAUUUUUAUCUUAAGUACAGUAACAUACUGAAAUGAAAUUCUGGUACUUUUGGCAAGCUCCAAAAUAAUGCCUGUGCUUAAGUGCGCUGCUGAAUUGUUACUGAUUUUUCUGAGUAUAGAACUGCCAUCUCAUCAUCUCAUCUCUUGCAGCAGCUGGAACCAGUAGAAAGCGAAAUGUGCCAGCAGGCUCAUGGUGAUCAGCCCCUGUAUUAAAAACGGGUGUGGUACUGAAACAGGGAAACAGGCCAUGGUAAAAUGGGAGCGUUGCAGCAACUAGCUGUAUUCUUCCACAUGAAGUCAGUGCUAGUGGUUCAAAAUUUGUUCUGUUACAUUGCCUAAGCCUGAAGAAACUUUGUAAAGUUUCUUCUGUAAAGAGCAGGAUUUGGCCCAUUUACAGAAGGCAGCUCUGGAAGUUGUCUGUGAUGCUGAUUUCUGUUGUCUCUUUUUUUUCUACAGUGGAAGAAUAUAAGCGUACGUGUAUAAAAAUUGCUUUAAAUCAGUUGGAAACCUCUGCCAUGUCUGAUGUUCUCAUAAAACACUGCUGUGUGUACUGUGUUAACUUGCACCUAAUUCUACAGACUGUACGGUCUGAAUUAAAAUACGGUUCACACCCCUGCUGUGUUUUAUAAUUUCAGUAUGGAUCCUGAGUGCUGCAUAUAAAUUGUGCAUCUCUGUUUACUCUUCUUACCUGCUAAGCUUUCCCUGUUGACAUUUAAAAUGUCUUCUGGUAAACAUACGUUAGAGGUUCUGAUAAUGAAGAAUGUGUGCCUGUGCUGUGCAACAAAGAUUUUCUAACGUAAAACUUGCAGCGCCUUACUAAUUUGAAAAAAGUUACUAAUUUGAAAAAAAAAAAUGUGGUGGAUUGGAGGGGGAAAGUGUCAGCAUUUUUUCUUUUUUAAAACCAUUCAGUUACUGGUUCAUGAAGAAUGCAUUCUUUGUUAAUCUGUGAUGUUGCCUAGAGCUGUAUUUAAUAUUGAUCUUAAUGUUUUUAUUUAUAAUAGUGUGGUAGAGCUGCAUAUCAUUACAGUAAAAAUUCUGAAUACUGUGAUGAUUUAAUCAAACAUUAAAAACUUCUGUAUGACCAUU